CGCAAAAAGCGCGCACCAGUGCUUUUAAAAAUGCAAGUCGGACGCAAAUCGUGUUGGAGGCAAUUGCAGGCUUCUUUUUUCAGACUGCUAUGUCUUAUCCCCACAGGAUUCCCCGUCUGGAGUGUUGACAUGCAGCGGGCCACCGACAACAUCACCAUCCGCCAGGGCGACACGGCGAUCAUCAGGUGUUAUGUGGACGACAAAGUGUCCAAGGUGGCCUGGCUCAAUCGAUCCAACAUCAUAUUUGCCGGCCAGGACAAGUGGUCCCUGGACCCAAGAGUAGAUCUGGUCACUAAAGGGCAGCUGGAGUACAGCCUGCGCAUACAAAAGGUUGAUGUGUAUGACGAGGGGUCGUACACCUGCUCCAUACAGACUAAGCAGCAGCCCAAGACCUCACAGGUCUACCUCAUUGUACAAGUUCCAGCCAACAUCUACAAGGUGUCAGAAGACAUCACAGUGAACGAGGGCAGCAACGUGACGCUCAGUUGUUUGGCCAGUGGCAGGCCGGACCCUGUAAUCACCUGGCGGCUGCUCAACCCCUCAGCAGAGCCGUUGGACGGAGAAGAGUACCUGGACAUUAUAGGUAUCAUGCGAAACCAAGCGGGUCGUUAUGAAUGCAAGGCCAGCAACGACGUCGCCACGCCUGAUGUCAAAUAUGUCAAUGUGGUCGUCAGCUACCCUCCAACGAUAAAGAAAACCCAGAGCUCAGAGACUCCAGUGGGCCGCAUGGGGACACUGCAGUGUGAAGCCACGGCCGUGCCCACGCCAGAGUUCGAAUGGUACAGGGACGAGAAAAGGCUGUCCAAUGCCCAGGGCAUCAAUAUCCAGAUUCUUGGCACUACUACCAUUCUCAUGAUUGCCAACGUCACCGAAGAGGAUUAUGGGAACUAUACCUGUGUGGCCUCGAACCGACUGGGCGUCCAGAAUGCCAGUCUUUUCCUCUAUAGACCUGGGACAGGCCGAGAUAUCAACGGCUCUGCCUGUGUAUCUCAAUCACUGUGGCUCCUGCUGGGCUGCUUCGCCUGCCUUUUCUUCAAGUGUUAAUCCCGCUGCCCUCCACCUCCUCUUCUUCCCCAUCCUGGCCUUCCUUCUUCCUCUUCCUCCUUCUCUCCAACUCACCGACAUCCUUAUUGCUACCUUAUUACCAACUUUACCGCCCCCCCCCCAGACUGUUUGUAUCAUGAUAUGAAAACCUUAUGUGCUCUCGAUGCACUGCUUACAGAUAUUACGAGAAUGAUGGGUAAAUUGAGUAAAAUGUUAUAAGAACAACAAUAACGGUGACAUGAAGGACAGAACAAGCAAACAGCGCUCUUGAAUUGCAUUAUUCUUAAUUUGUAUGCACUUGUUUAUUUCUGUUAUAUCCUGUCCUCCGGGUCUGGAUCGGGGUUUGGGAUUCGUUGUAGUUUUGUCUUCAUGGGAAAGCCGAGGCACCUCCUCACAGGGAUGCCAACAAUCAAAUGUACCUAGAAGUACUGAAGAUGAAAAUAUAUAUUUCUUCUUACUCCCGUAGAUGUUUAUGUUAACUUAAAUUGUAGAUCUAACAGAGUGUUUAACCAGUGCAUUAAUGAGCAACAUGCAAAGUAUCUGCCAAAUAUCCAUAAACUAUAUAGAUUUGAAACUAACACAUACAGAAAUCAAAUGGAAAAUACUGUAAUGAGAUUAGAGAUUGAUAUUAACUAGACUGAAACACAGACAAAGAGCAUUAGCAUGAUAUCUCUCCAAUCAAUGACAUUGUUUCUGAAUGCAGCAGCCACUCAGGUUGCCGUUGUUGAGCCUAGAAAUCGAGGAUGCAGUAAAUAGAAUCAACUUGAUCCUACUGAGCUAAACCAUAGGGGGCGUACAAAGCCGAUGAAAUUAGUAUAUCUUUGGACGGAUACCUACAUCUUCAUUCAGUGGCUUUGCAACCACUCGCCUUUAUUCCAAACCAAUCCCGCUUUUCUUUUGCAGCAGGAAAAGAAACACAGUAGGUUAUAGUGAUGCGUACUGUACAUAGUAACAUUUUGUAUUUCUCUAUGAAAAGACAACUUGUUCUGCCACUGUAACAACAGGACACAAAGAAACGUUUUGCAGUGUAGGUCGCUUGUUUGAUGACCAACCAACCAUACUGUGCAGUUUGUCUCUGCUCCACAGCAGGCUGCACCUCAUUUAGCUGCAAAUACUGUACCACAUACAGUGUUGGCUUAUAGUUUAUUUUAGUUUUAGGAUCAUUCUUCUCUACUGCUGGAAUUUGGAUAUAAAUGUAUGACACCAAUGAAUGACUUCCUGUUUAGUUUUUCUCUUUCAAAGAAGUAUGCGUGUUUUAAUAUGAAAUGAUACAGAAAAAUUCAUAAUUAUUUGAUAUUGAGGUUGAUUUUUUUCUGUCUUUACCUCAUUCAUUUUAGUUGUGUGUGUGUGUGUGUGUAUAUAUACUUGAAUCCAAUGUCCUUAUACUAUAUAAAAAAGGCAAAUUUUAUGUGUCCAUGUUUCUGAAUAGGGUAGCAAAUUGUCGAGGGUAAUUAACUUGUAGAUCUCUUGAACUGGCUACCCUGUUCUAUCAUGUGAACCGAAGCCCAAUAGAAAAUGAUGUUUUUAAAAAAAAAAGCAUAAAAAGAAGAUAGUUUUGUGCAGUUAUUAUUGUACCUAUCCUUGAGAUAAUACAAGUGCUGGCUUAUAUGAUGUUUUAGAGAAUGGAAUAUUAUGUUUAGCUUGCAAUUCCAGGAAUUCAAUAUGAGAGCAGCAAGCAAAUCUAGACUGAAUGCUUAGUCUGCUCAAUGGCCACUAAGUGCUGAUGGGCAUCUUUAACGAAGUAAUACCAUUAUAUGACAUGUUCUACGGCUAAUUUUCUCAUGACACCUCGCCUCUCACUGAAUUUAUUUCUUCACGAACAAAACGGUUAAAUAUAUACUUCAUCUGUCAAUAUUUUGUAAAAGAAGAAGAACUUUCAAACAGUGUGAAUCAUUCAGGAGACAGCCCAAAGGCAAUUCCUGUUGUGACAAGAAUUGCUGAAACUGGUGCCCUCUAUUAGCUGCCUUUUUGCCAUGUAUUUUGACCUACUGUGAGGUGACUAAUAGCGUACGGACUCCAGCACUCAGCUACCCUCCUCGAAUGGAUGUGUUCAUGUCUCUACUCUUCUAACAACCAAGCCGAGGUAGUAGUAGUACUGUAAAACACACGUGUAAUUAAUGUCAUCCUUGUCAUACAUUAAAGAAAUUCUCCCAGGUGUUUUCAGUGUAAAUGCUUCUGAGGCCAUAGCUGUGUGACUUGCCAUCUAAUCCAGAUCCUAAUUAUCCUAAUUAUCAUGUGGCCACAUCUGCAGAAGCAGAGCUGCCAGGGGCCUAAAACAACCAACAAUUCCAAUCAAAGCAGAAACAUUUAAACAGUUAAACUAAAUUGCUAACAUCUCCAUCACACAAACAUUAUCUUAUAACUUGAUUUUUCAGUCUAGGAAGUGAUAACAAAGCCGCUUUAUUCUGUCAUCAGCUUAUACAUGAUUUUUUUUAUUGAUUUUCUACGACUGAACAACUCUGCUGUGUCCACUUUAACGUGGAUUUACUUGACUCCUGGUGUUUUUCUACUACAAUAGUAUUUCUGCAGACUAUCUUCCCGCUUUGUAGCCUCUGGCUAGCUCGUAUGUGAAGAGUUUGUCAGCAACAGUCAUCUGCUUAUUGUAGAAAGGAAUAAAUGAACUUGAAGCUGUGUUGAAAAUAGUUCUUCAUGAUAAGUUUGCAUGAGUGCAGUCUGUGCUACAUGUCUAUUUCAGAAAGUCUGUUCGUCUCACUACUGUAUGAGUCGCAUAAAAAAAACAAAACUCAGGGCAGUGCAAAGCUGGCAGGCUCUAAGACAAACUAAAAUGUGUUUUUUGCUGGAGGAGACCCUGGCAGAAUACCAGAGCAGGGUCGAAUGUCUCCAAGUUGUGCUCGGCAUUUAUUUUAACCUGUUUGGAAUGCAUGAUGGGUAGAAGAAUAUUAUUUUAAAGGAUGCUACUGUUUGAACUUUCUACCAUUCAGGUGAUUUUCAUGCAAGGCAAACCUCACCAAUGUGGAUGUCCAAGUGUGUACAUGCAGGUUAUAACCAGCCAAUAAGCACUGACUAAUACUAAGACCACUUGUGUUAAAGCCAUGCAGCUCUGUCUUAUCCAUAGAUGACAGAGGAAUAAGGAAUACUGUCCUUUCAUUGCUCAUAGAGAGACCAACAGCCAGCCUAUGGACACAGCACCAACCCCCUGUAGAGAGACCAGGCUAUCUACUGAGAACUGUAGAUACAGCUAUCUAGUUUACUAUUGAGCAUUUCCUCAAAACAUCACCAUCGCUUCACUGUACAAAACUGGCUUGUGUAUGUGCGCGUGUAUGUUCACUCUGAUUCUGAUUCAGUUCGUUAUUAUUAACCUACCUGAGGCAUGAGAUACAUGACGAGUUGGACAAACAGCUAACUUUUUACUUUCCGUUGAGCUAUGGUUACAAUAGUAACCUAAGUUUAGCUCUUUUUUUUCUUUUCCUCCUCUGUGUGUAUAUACAGUGUGAUGUGUCUGCACUAGAAUGUUGUAAAGUCAGCAAAACCAUCAGAUCGUGUAUAUACAACUCAACUUUCAAAGAUUUAAACGGCAAAUGUAACUUUCACGUUUGUACCUCCCUUCCCUUUGUCAUGGGAAAUCAAGAUUCAAUCAAUGAUCAUUAAACAGCAAUGUCCCAUUUUUCUUUUUGUUUUACUUUACUUUACAAUGGCAUAAAGUAAUUGCAGUCAGUUUCUAAAAAAAAAGAUAUGUAAUAAAGGAAUAUGAGAAAAUGUUCAUAACACAAAAUAAAGUUGUUUGAAUUCAGUGUUCAGUAUUUGAAUGUGACUUGAAAUGCCCAGGGCAAAUAACCUUUUUUUGGAGAUAAGUGGAACACACGGAAUCUUGGUACACUUGUGUUUAUCACCAUGUAA